ACCCUUCAGCGCAGUCAUAGCCGCACGAAACCGAGGAAGACCGUUCUCAGAGUAAAGCGAACACAGACUUCACCAUGGGGAGACUCCACUCUAAAGGUAAGGGAAUCUCAGCUUCUGCUUUGCCGUACAAGCGCUCACCCCCGAGCUGGCUCAAGACAACCUCCCAGGAUGUUGAUGAGUCCAUUUGCAAGUUUGCGAAGAAGGGUUUGACUCCAUCUCAGAUAGGUGUGAUUCUUCGUGACUCUCACGGUAUCCCACAGGUGAAGAGUGUUACCGGAAACAAGAUUUUGAGAAUCUUGAAAGCUCAUGGUCUUGCACCUGAGAUCCCUGAGGAUCUCUACCACCUGAUCAAGAAAGCAGUUGCUAUCCGCAAGCAUCUUGAGAGGAACAGGAAAGACAAGGAUUCCAAGUUCAGGUUGAUUCUUGUUGAGAGCAGAAUCCACCGUCUUGCUCGUUACUACAAGAAGACCAAGAAGCUCCCUCCUGUCUGGAAAUACGAGUCUACCACUGCUAGCACUCUUGUGGCUUAAGGAGAGCUGGUCAAGGUCCUUCAGGAACAACCAUUUCAUUUGCAUUGCAACUCAAGUUCUAUGAACUAUGGACUAUGUAUCUCUGUUUUCGAUAGUUUUGAUGGUUUACAUUGAGAUUUUGAAUUUAGUGAAAAACUCUUUUCGGUUUUGGUUAGUACUAAUUGGUCCUUCCUAUAAUUUGCUAUUGUGCAAAUUUGGCCAAGAAUCUAGAUUAGCUAUUGUUUUGAUUUACUGGGCCUUUAUAGGCCCAAAUCUCAAUCAACUAUACAGAAAGGGAAAUCAAAAUAUGCUUUAGCUUAUUCUUUCAGCACAA